GAUUGUUGUGAUGUUGCAGAAAUCCGGGCUUGGAAUUGAAGACGAACAUGCGGCUCGGUUCCCAGGACCUUUGGUGCAGCUGCUGAGGGAGGGGGCUAGUACACGCGGUUUAGUCAUUGCUGGAGUUCGUUGCACGGGUAACGAGGAGCGGUCGAUUAGGGAUUGUAGCUCUAUUGGACUCGAUUUGGGAGCUGCAUGCUCCCCUUUCACUCUGUGUGGUCCAGGACUGGGGGUUUGAGAAAACGGGUUGGGGUCACGUAUUAACCUGCAGAGCGGACUGCUGGUACCAGGGUGAGGCCCGAAGUGCCUUGCGGCGUUGGGGAGACCAAGUCAGGUAGGCAGGAGACGGGGCGGUAGGAUCUCUCUCUCUCUCUCUCUCUCUCUCUGGGGAGCUCUGUUUCUGUUCCCCGCUUUCUGCUCCAAGAGCCGCUCCUAAAUAAUUUCUGCUCAGCUAUGUCGCCAGUUUCAGCUGCAGCCCAGGUUCCUACGUUGGUCUCCCUGUUUGACCUCAACGCGGAUGCUCCGGUCCUUCAGGGCCUGAACUUGGUGAGCCACCCUUCUGGGGAGGCUCUGGCCCAAGCUCUGCGGACUUCCUGUCCAGGUUCAAGGGAGAGCGCAAGCCCAGAAAGAAAACUCCAGGGUCUGCUGGAUAUUUCAGAAAAGUUAUUUUGUUCAACUUGUGACCAGACCUUCCACAACCACCAGGAACAGAGGGAACAUUAUAAGCUUGACUGGCAUCGGUUUAACCUAAAGCAACGUCUCAAGGACAAGCCUCUCCUGUCUGCCCUGGACUUUGAAAAGCAGAGUUCCACAGGAGAUCUUUCCAGCAUCUCCGGAUCAGAAGACUCAGACUCAGCCAGUGAAGAGGGCUUGCAGAUUCUGGAUGAGGAGAGGGCAGAGUAUGAGAAGCCCAGCAGAGCCCAAGGCUUCCGCCCCCAUCGGGUUCUUUUCCAGAAUGCCCGGGGCCAGUUCCUUGAUGCCUACCGCUGUGUCCUGGGCCCUCGCCAGGUGUCCCCAGAAGAACCAGAACUGCUGCUACAGAACCUGCAAAACGGAGGUCCCGGAUACUGUGUGGUGCUCAUGGCUGCGGCUGGGCACUUUGCUGGUGCCAUUUUUCAAGGAAGAGACGUGGUGACACACAAGACCUUUCACCGCUACACGGUGCGGGCCAAGCGGGGCACGGCCCAGGGAGUUCGGGAUGCCCGGGGUGCGGCUUCUCGUUCUGCUGGAGCCAACCUGAGGCGCUAUAAUGAAGCCACGUUAUAUAAGGAUGUUCGUGACCUGCUGGCAGGGCCGGGCUGGGCUAAAGCACUGGGGGAGGCUGGGACAAUACUGCUACGUGCCCCCCGCUCUGGCCGGUCCUUGUUCUUCGGAGGCCCUGGCGCACCCCUGCAACGGGGGGAUCCCCGGCUUUGGGAUAUCCCCCUCGCUACCCGCAGACCCACCUUCCGGGAGCUACAGCGUGUGCUCCAUAAGCUGACUACCUUGCAUGUCCACGAAGAAGACCCCCGGGAGACAGUCAGGUUGGACUCACCUCGGACACACUGGAAGACCAUGAGAGAGAAGAAGGCUAUCGAGGCAGAAAGAAAGGUCUCCAGUGAUGAAAAUGAGGCACUUGGGCAGAACGAGGAGUCUCCCAAACAGGGUUCAGGGUCGGAGGGAGAGGACAGCUUCCAGGUGGAGUUGGAGCUAGUAGAGUUGGCAGUGGGGACCCUGGAUCUUCGGGAGUUUGAGGUAUUGCCAAAGCGGAGGAGGAGGAAAAGGAAUAAUAAGAAGGAGAGAAGCCGAGACCUGGAGACUCUUCCCCAGCAAACUCAAGGAGAUGAGGCCUUCUCACAGUCCACCCAGGGACGGGCAGCCCCUGUGGGGCCUUCUCUGGAUGAGGCCAAGACCCCCUAUCAGUCAGAGCUCUGGGACAUGCUUCUAGCUGCUUGCCGAGCCGGAGAUGUUGGGAUGUUGAAACUCCAGCUAGCUGCCGGCCCCAUAGACCCUGGAGUUCUGUCUCUGCUCAGUGCCCCCUUGGGCUCCAGCGGCUUCACGCUCCUGCAUGCGGCAGCUGCAGCUGGGAGAGGCUCAGUGGUUCGCCUGCUGCUGGAGGCGGGUGCUGACCCUACUGUGCAGGACUCCAGGGCCCGGCCACCAUAUACAGUCGCAGCUGACAAGUCAACACGUAAUGAGUUCCGAAGGUUCAUGGAGAAGAAUCCAGAUGCUUAUGAUUACAGCAAGGCUCAGGUGCCAGGGCCCCUGACGCCAGAAAUGGAGGCACAGCAGGCUCUGCGGAAAAGGGAGCAGAAGGCUGCCCGGCGGCAACGGGAAAAACAGCAGCUGCAGCAGCGGGAGCAGGAGGCGCGGGAGCAAGAAGAGCGGCGGCGCUUUGCCGCCCUCAGCGAUCGGGAGAAGAGAGCCCUGGCUGCAGAGCGCAGGCUGGCUGCCCAGCUGGGAGCCCCCACCCCUCAGGCCCCAGGCUCUGCAGUCAUCAGUGCUCAGGACCAUCUGGACUCACCAUUCCAGUAUCCGAAGUUGGUACCUCCAUGGAACAUGUACCUGAAGAGGGGGGGAAGGUGGGGGAAAGGCAAAAGCUGACCCACCGAAUCUUCAUUUUCAUCCCCAAUACCCAGUUACAGCUUCAUGUUGGCCCCCGUGUCUCCAGUUACAUGUUCACGCUGGCUCCCAACUUCAGCAUGUUCUCUAGACCUUUGGUUACAGCUGAAAUGGAUCGUGUGGAGUGAUUCUGGCCCCAGUAAUCCAGCCAGCCUGUGUAGUAUUCAGAGUUCACCUAGAAGGUGAAGUGGAAGAUACCAUAAAUGAAAUGGGAAACUGAGCUUGACCCAUUCCAAACCCUGACUCUUGUUUUGACUGUCAUCCCCUCCAGCUCCUCACCAAUGGCCCAUGGGGUUCAUAUUUCCGAAGCAGGGCAAAGAUUUCGGUCAUGUUGUCAGCUGCAGAGAGGAGGCAAAAGGUGAACCAUAAACAUAGAAGAGGUGCCCCUUCCCCAGACUCCACUCCUAACCCUUGCUCAGGAGACCUGGGCCAAAAUCUACAGUGGUGUAGAGUCCCUGGAGGGAGCCACAUUGGAGUCCUUCAGGCCCAUCUGUGGUGAAGAGCAAGAUCCUGUCUCCUAGUAGCGCACGGAAGAGCCCAGCCAAGUGUCUCAUGUAGGUGAAGUCACAGGCUUUGUAGCUACCAUAUUCGUUCUCCACCUGCCAAGGAAAAGGAAAAGUGGAGCUUGGCCAUGCGGUGGGGGUUAGGACCCCUAGCUCCUCCUUCCCCUUACCCAGUCAAUUUGUACCCAGUCACUUGUACCUGAAUGCUAAUGAUGUUGCCCCCAUUGUGGUAGAGCCAUGGAUAUAACUUGGGCAGCAAGACCUUGAACCAGGAGUCCACUGCGGCAAGAAAGUCUAAAGGAAGGAGCAGUGCUCUGCUCAUUAGGACACCACCGCCUCCAUAGCCCCCACCCUUAGUAUCUAUGCCAGCAACUUCAGUGAUGCCUGAACCCUGGGCUGCAAUUGGCAUCCCACUUGUCUGCAAAUAAAUCUGAGAAGCAGUGA